AUGGAGCCCUUCUCCCUGGUGCUGGUGGCGCUAGCGGCGAUCGUAUUAGUACUGAUCUUGAAGUUUAAAGGCUCGAGCAGCGGGCUCAGCAAGGCGGACGGCAAGCUGGGCGACAAGCUCCCUGCGCGCAAGUCGCUUCAGGUCGACGACUCAAAGCCGGCAGUUAGAAUCCUAUACGGCACGCAGACAGGCACGGCGGAGAGGUUUAGCAAGCAGCUGGGGAAUGAGCUGCGUCGCAAGUAUGGCGACAGCACGUCUAUCGAAGUCAUUGACAUUGAAAACUACAAGGCCGAACGCCGGCUACCCAAGGAGCGCCUGGUGCUGUUUCUGAUGGCAACCUAUGGCGACGGCGAGCCAACUGACAAUGCCGCCGACUUCUACAGCUGGAUCUCGUCCGAGGCGGAGGCGGUGGAGAACGGCGAGAAGGAGCCCUUCUUGGAGGAGGUGGCGUACGGCGUGUUUGGCCUGGGCAACAAGCAGUACGAGCAUUUCAACGCCGUCGGCAAGCGCAUGGAGAAGGCCAUGAACACCCUGGGCGCGUCGGCAGUCGUGCGUCGCGGCGAUGGUGACGAUGACGAGUGCAUUGAUGAUGACUUUGACAAGUGGUCGGCAGAGCUUUUUGCCGCGCUGGAGGCGAGCAGCCACCUGGUUGGCGCGGCUAGCGCAGCAGGCGUUGAGGCCGUGCCAGAAGUCGCCCCUGAGUAUGAGGUCGAGAUUUUGGAAGGACCGGUGGCUAAGUCUGCAAUGGCGGCGCCGUUCCGCAGCGGCAGCGGCACCAGCGCGGCGUCCCCCUUCAUCGCGACCAUCUCCGAGGUCCGCGAGCUGCACACCGCAGCCAGCGACCGAAGCUGCGUGCACGUGGAGAUCGACAUCUCCGGGGCCAAGGGCCUGUCAUAUGCGACAGGCGACCACGUGGCCAUCUAUGCGGAGAACAGCCCCGAGGUUGUGGAGGAGGUGGCGGGGCUGCUGGGGCUGCCGCUGGACACCGUGUUCAAGCUCGCCAAGCCGGAGGACGGCUCAAGCAGCCUGGCCGAGCCGCUCCCCGGGCCCAUCACGCUGCGCGACGCGCUCGCCUACUUUGCGGACGUGCUGUCGUCGCCCCACAAGGGCAACCUGGUGGCGCUCGCGGCUGCGGCGGCCGACGGGGAGGAGCGCGCCAAGCUGCUGCGGCUGGCGGGGCCCCAGGGCAAGGCGGAGUACCAGGAGUAUGUGGCUAAGCCGCACAGGAGCCUGCUGGAGGUCAUGCGCGAGCACCCGUCCGCCAAGCCGGGCCUGGGCUUGUUCUUUGGCUCCGUCGCGCCGCGCCUGCAGCCCCGCUUCUACUCCAUCAGCAGCAGCGGCACGCGGCACCCCACCUCGGUGCACGUGACGUGCGCCGUCGUGAGGGAUGUCAUGCCGACGGGCCGCGUGCACGCCGGCGUCUGCAGCAGCUGGCUCGCCAAGGCGGCGGUGGGGACAGAGGUGCCCGUGUUCAUCCGGCACAGCCAUUUCCGGCUGCCUGAGGACGGGCACGCGCCCGUCAUCAUGGUCGGGCCGGGCACUGGGCUCGCGCCCUUCAGGGGCUUCCUGCAGGCGGAGCUGCGCGGCUUUGAGGAGUCGGGCGCCCUGGGGUCGCUGCACGUCGCGUUCUCGCGGGAGGGCAGCACCAAGGACUACGUGCAGCACCACCUCGCGCGCGAGGGCGCGCGGGUGUGGGAGCUGCUGCGCAAGCCGGGGGCCUGCUUCUAUGUGUGCGGGGACGCCAAGGCCAUGGCCAAGGACGUGCACCGCGCGCUGAUCGAGGUGGUGUCGAGGCACGGGGCCAUGAGCGGCACCAAGGCGGAGAUGUGGGUCAAGGAGUUCACAGACAGCGGCCGCUACAUGCGCGACGUGUGGUAG